UCACCGUUUACGUCAGAUCCUCGCCGCCUGCACGCGCCGCUGCUGUGCUGCUUUGGGUCCAUACGACGGAAAAAUUAAACAAAACAAUACAGAAAUAACCUAUUAAUAAUAAUAAGAAGAAAAAACUCGGAUCUGCAAUCAUGGCUACGACGUUUGAGCAGAUGAGAGCCAACGUGGGCAAACUUUUGCGGGGAAUCGACAGGUAUAACCCGGAGAAUCUGGCCACACUGGAGCGAUACGUGGACACACAGGCACGUGAAAACGCUUACGACCUCGAGGCAAACCUGGCUGUCCUCAAAUUGUAUCAGUUCAACCCAGCAUACUUCCAGACUACAGUCACAGCACAGAUCCUGCUCAAAGCCCUCACUAACCUGCCUCAUACAGACUUUACACUGUGCAAGUGCAUGAUCGACCAGACCCAUCAGCAAGAGGAACGGCCGAUAAGACAGAUCCUGUAUCUGGGCAAUCUGCUGGAGACGUGUCACUUCCAGAGCUUCUGGGCCAGUCUGGAGGAGAACAGAGAUUUGAUUGAUGGAAUCACAGGGUUUGAAGAGUCGGUGAGGAAGUUUAUCUGUCACGUUGUGGGAAUCACAUAUCAGAACAUUGAGUAUCGCCUUCUGGGUGAGAUGUUGGGAGACCCUCUGGACACACAGGUGAAGGUUUGGAUGAAUAAAUACGGCUGGACGGAGAAUGAGGAUGGACAGAUAUUCAUUCAUAACCAGGAGGAAAGUGUCAAGCCCAAGAAUAUAGUGGAGAAGAUCGACUUUGAGAGUGUUUCCAGCAUCAUGGCUACAUCACAGUAACACAAAUGUCAGUAGCCUGAUUUGAUUGAAUUUUGCAAUAAAGUAAUUUUAUUAAAGACA